UCUAGAUCUGAUAACAUUAAUCCGUCAUGGUCAGUUCGGGUAGGCAUCUCAAAUACCUGACAAUUAGGAACUAAUUUCUUCUCAUAAUUGCCGAGUAAUCGUCAUACGAUUGAUUUCAACAUCUUACCCAAGGUCGUAAUUCCUCUCUGCUUUAAGUUGUGAGAAAUUUCUCGCUACCGCCACUUUGGUACUUGCCCACCCAGACAUUUGAGGCUUGCCGGCCGGCGGACUUUUCUUUUUCAUGUUUAUCUGAUCCCCCUUUUGAGAUCUGAUAACCAAUCCCCAACCACUCAAAGCCACCAAUUCGUUCUUCAACCACCCCUCCCACACUCAAUGCACGCCGGUCAUUGACUAGGAAAAAUCACCCAACGACGAAUUUUCCACUCCGCCACCCAACGACACCUACUGUCGUCCCCUUUACCCAAACUUGGUCCCGCAUUAUUAUCACCUCUGAGUUCACUACAUCGCUCAAUUUUAACCUUCACAAUGCAGUCAAGGCUCGACACAAUACUAGCCGAGUCCACUUCGGGCUGCAUCCCAGAGGAGCCUCGGACCCCUUCGGUAGCGCCAUCUCUCACAUUCUCCGAUUCGACGGAUGACCACGAGCUCGAGGAACCUCUCGCACAGACGCGACGACGUCGCGCUUCAACGCGUUUAAUUGCCCAGAACGCCGCCGACAUUCAACGUAUCACUGGCGAGUCUACUGCCGAGGUCGUCAGCCGAUGCUGUGGUGGCGGGUGCUGCUUCAAGAAUGCCGCCAAGAAGGGCAGCCUCCAGUUCGAGAAGCCUCGGUUACCCGAGAAUGAUGCUUUCCAAUCGCUGCUUCUUAAGAUUGAUGCGAUCCCCAGCACAUUGACAAAUGUCGCCGACAUGCCCGAGCAAACAGCUUUUCUUGAGCCGAUCAAGAAGCAGAAGAAGGAGAUUGAAACCGCACCGUCACCCGCAGACUCUGGUGUCUCACUCGGCGGCAACGGCCAGACCGAGACACAGCCCGGGGCCCAACCAGAACAGGUGACAGUCGACGAGGCCGCCAAGAAGCUACAAAACUUGGAACUAGAUGAUACCGACACACGGAUUCAACCACCAAAAUUUGUUCAGCCACACCCGCCACACAACGUCUAUCCUGCCAAGAUUCACAGCGCUCGUGAGUUGACACGCCCGGGCGCCGAGAAGCGCACUUUUCACUUUGACCUCGAUAUCACCGAUUACCCAGACAGCGAAGGCGUUGACUUCAAGGUCGGUGGUGCAAUUGGUGUCUCUGCGCCCAAUGAUGCUGCCGUGGUCGAGGAGAUCCUAGAUCUUCUCCUUAUUCCGCGUUUCCUGCGCGACAAGCCCGUCAUCCUACGUACUACCAACGGCCGCUGGCCGACGGUAUGGGGAGAUGACCAGCCCAGGGAGCUGGUCACUACCAGGCGGGCUCUUUUGUCGUGGUGCUCGGAUCUGCAGUCAUACCCGCCCACCAAGCAUUUGUUGAGAAUAUUAGCGGAGCACACCACGGAUGAGGUUGAGAAGACUGUUCUCAUGUUCCUGUGCGCGGCCGAGGGCCAAGGAGUGUUCUGCGACUUCAGGACAGGACCGCACGUUUCUCUCGUACAGCUCCUCAACGCAUUCCCUAACUCCAAGCCCCCUCUGGACCAGCUGCUGUCAGUGCUUCAGCCGCUGAUGCCGCGGUUCUACUCCCUCUCCAACGACCCCCACAUGUCGUUUGAGGAGAAGGACGGCAAGCGUCACCGCAUCAUUGAAAUUGCUGUCACGGUGCACGUUGACAGCGACUGGCGCACCGGCACAAGGACUGGCAUCGGCUCUGGCUUCUUCCAGCGCCAGGCGCUCAAGUGGAUUGCGGCCAAGGAAGCCGGCGUCACCGACCCCGAGGUGUACAUCCCCAUGUUCAAGGGCCUUAUGGCCAACCCGCUGGCCAAACAGUUCAUGUCGGACGGGCCUAUGUUGCUGAUCGGAGCGGGAGUGGGUAUCGCGCCGUUCCGAGGCUUUGUGCAGCGGCGGCUCAAAACGGCCAACUGUGCCAACAAGGUGUGGGUACUCCAGGGAGUACGCGACUCGCUGGUGGACGAGAUCUACAGCGGCGAGUGGGGCGUUCACGAAGACGAGGUCAAGCGCGUGGUAGAGAGCCGGCGUGGAGAGGGCCGAUACGUGCAGGAAGAGGUGCGUGCGCAAGCCGACCUGGUGUGGUACAUCAUCAACUCGGUCGACGGGCGCGUCUUCGUCUGUGGCUCUAGCAGAGGCAUGGGAGAGGGCGUGGAAGAGGCUCUCGUCGAGGUUGCAAUGGAGAAGGGUAACCUGGGGCGCAACGAGGCGCACAAGUUUUGGGACCUGAAGAAGGAGGUGGGGCAGUACAUCGCCGAGACAUGGUAGUCUCUCUUUUGGCACUGAUGUUGUUGCUUCACCGGACAGCAUAUUGGGAAAUAUUUUCUUGGCAACUCUUUUUCACCUACGAUACUAACUUGUACCACAACAUGGGAUGAUAGAACCGGUAGGGAGCGUGACAUUUUCGUAUCAUUGGAGUUUGAUAGGCGCAACAAACCAUGGGGGCUAUUUACUUGUAUGGACUUAAAGCAAUUGCUUGCCAUGCCUCACGGCGCAAGGCCAUUUUGUUGGUAGCUAGAGGAUAUAUUAAAAUCACAGUUAUAUAUGGGAGACUAGUUGUUGUUCAACAUGGCAAGUUUACGUUCACUAUAAGGUACUGCCCGCCUAGUAAGAAUUAUUCGGCUAUUCUUGCCGUCGAUUGAUUGUAUUGGGCACUUGUGGGUUAUACGAAGUAGUUGCAGUGAGGAUGGCAGGUA